AUGGGCAAGAAAUGGCGCUUGUUGGGGAAUGUGCACCGUGUAGUAUAUACGGAGAAGACUCGGAGGGAUUUGACGAUGCCUCCCAAACGUGAGCAAAAGAAGGACAACGAACCGCUCACUGGUGUCAUAGUUGUGGAUUCGUAUGAUCCAAGAUUUGCUCCUCUUUCAGCCGGCACCGGACCGUGGUGUCUGCAACCGAUAUGCAAUGUGCCACUAAUAGAUUUUACUUUGUCAUGGAUUAUGCGAACCGAAGUCCAUAAAGUCAUGCUUAUUGUAUCACAAAAAAAUGCACAUUUCAUGGAGAAAGUUGAGAACCGAUGGAAGCAUUGUUUCGAAUCGCUGUCACUCAUACGCUGCAAAAACUCGAUGAGUGUUGGUGAUGCAUUGAGGGAGUUGGAUACUCGAGGAUUGUUAACCAGUGAUUUCUUACUGAUUUCGAAUCCGGCAACUUUCACUUCAUCAACUCUCAAAGCACAAAUAGCUGCCUACAGACAACGACGUAGCGAAAACAAAAAUAAUGUCAUGACUGUGAUCUACUCGGACCUGAAGACGCCUAGAAAUGCUGUGAUUGGUAUCGAAAAAUCAACGAAGAAGUUGAAAAUAUAUCAUAAAAAGGAAGAUCCUACUCAGCUAGAUAUUGAUAAGCCUCAUUUUGUCGAUGACGCUGUAAUACGCAGGGAUAUUGUCGACAGCGGCAUUGCUAUAUGCUCUCUGAACAUAUCAGCUCAGUUUAGCGACAAUUUUGAUUUUCAACAUCGCGACGAUGUUAUCAGAGAGAUUUUGGUUAACGAAGAAAUAUUGUUACAAAACAUACACGUUGAAAUACUUCCACCAUCAGAAGCUGCGCUCAGUGUUAUCGAUUAUUGUUCGUUAAUUAUUAUUAGCAAUCUGCUCAUGGAACGAUGGUUCUAUCCUUUGGUACCAGAUAAGAUGGCCUCCGAUGACUGCUGCGGCUUCAACGCUUUGCCUGGAAAUGUAUACGUAGCCGUUGACGAGCAGGAUUUUGGCAGGCUGUCACCCGUUGGGAGUGCUUGCAAGCGGGCAUUCAAUACGACUUUCGGCUGUAAAUGUGAUGUGCAUGAGUCAGCUGUGAUCACCUGCACUACUGUGGGAAGGGGCACGCACAUAGGUGCCAACACUGUAUUGGUUAACUGCAUCAUUGGAGAAAAUUGCGUGAUUGGGGAGAACUGUCGUCUUGAAGAGUCUGUGCUAGGUAAUGCGGUACGGAUACCAGAUGGAACACAACUUCAGAAGCAUUCUGUCAUUUCAGCAGAGGUGUCUUACCCACCUGACAUGGAAAUACCCUCUAAUUGCGCUCUGUGCUCCAGCCCUCCCCAUGAAGAUUAUGACGAAACAAUAAAGUGCAAGACCGUAAAAGAUGUUCAUAUCUGGACACUAGCUAAUGGUGGGCCGUUCUGGACGAUAAAUGGUCGUAAGGUAGACUCUGGAAACGGAAGUAUGGGUGAAGACAAUUUGAGCGAACUUGGCACUGAAAGUGAGAAUGCCGAACCUGUCGAACUUGAUGCAACUGCGCAGUUCUAUGAAGAAGUUGCUGAAAGCAUGGAGAGAAUACAUGGCUUUAUAUUCAGUAAACAACAGAUGCAUAAUCUUAUUUUGGAAAUAAACUCAUCUAAGCUCGCUUACAAUAUAUCUAUGGACGAUGUGGCAAAGUACGUGUUUUCUGCUUUCCUAGGUUUACCUGGAAAUGAAAGCUGGCCGAGUUUGAAAGAGUUGUGUAGUAAAUGGGUCCUCUUGUUCACCAAUUACUAUAAGCCGAAGAAAAGCCAAGUGCAGCUUCUGUUGGCUGUUGAGGAUAGAUAUAAAGAUAAUCCCAAUGAGUUUGGCCCGAUUGUAGCCCGACUUGUUCAUUUCUUGUAUAACGAUCUGGACAUCUUGGAAGAGGAAGCUAUUUUGGAGUGGGCAGCGACAAUUGAUGAGAAAUCUGAGCUGAAGCGAAUAAUGAAACCGAUCGUGGAUUGGUUACAGCAAGAUAGUGAUGAGGACGAGAGCGAUGCAGAAUGAGCGAUAGUCAUGUUUCUUUGUAUCUUAAAUUAAAUGGGUGUCUUGUCACAUUUUCAGCAUACAGUUGUUUUUCUUCCUGUUAUUGUAAGUCUGUUAAUUAUGCUUGUUAUAAGUUUAUGCAACC